AUGUGGAAUCCUCAAGGUUUUUUUCCGCCAUUACCCAAGCUGAAACGCCUCGUGCAGAGGAACGGAAGGACCAACUUGGCAUUUCAGGCUAUAACUGGCAAGAAGGAAAAAUUUUUGAAAGACACUUUCACUACACUGAUAGAGUCGCAGUGGCGUUGGAAUUUGAUCCUAUUUAUCGGGGGAUUUGUUAUUUCCUGGCAUCUCUUCGCGGCUUAUUACUACAGCGUGGAGUGGGCCAUGAGCCGCAACAGCAACUCUAGUAGAUCUCAACCGUGCAUCACUAACGUCAACACCUUUAUAUCCACCUUACUCUUUUCCAUCGAGACCCAGACGACGAUUGGCUAUGGGUCUAGGUACGUCACGGAGUCAUGUCCUCUUGUCUUCCUCGUCGUCAUGUUACAGUCGCUUUUUGGAAUAGGUUCUCAAGUUGCUUUGGCAGGAAUUAUCGUCGCUAAAGUAAAACGGGGCAAGAAAAGUGCCAGCACAGUGAUCUUCAGUAACAAUGCGUGUAUAUAUGAGGAAGACGGUGAGUUGCUCUUGGCAGUUCGUUUGGCGGACAUACGCCGAUCUCUAACACUGUUACAAGCACACGCCAGGGGCCAGUUCAUCAAGAAACAGUAUUCCGCCUCCGGCCAUCUGCCGGUUAAGUCUUACAAUCUCAAAAUGACAGGAGAAGAUGGGCAAGCCUUUCUGUUCACUGCAUGGCCGACUGUUAUCGUGCAUAGGAUAAAUCAACAAAGUCCCUUGUGGAAAAUGUCCAGAGAUGAUUUCCUUCAGCUGAACUUUGAGCUACUCGUCAUUUUAGAGGGCGUCGUCACGAACACUGGCAAUCCAUUCCGGGCCUGUGUCUCAUUCCUGCCUUGGGACAUUUCAUGGGGGCAUAGAUUUAUCCCGCUUGAUUUUAUUGAACACGAGGAUUGCACCAAUGUUGAUUUUGCAAACUUUCACAAAACGCGUGCAGUAAAAACGCCUUGGUGCAGUGCGCAUGACUCACAAGUCCACCGCGUUUAUCAGAUCAGACGAGUUCGAGGUGUGACGUCAGUGCCAGCUUCUUUUCUAGUCUCUCGGGAAGCCGAAAUUAAACAUGACGCUGCCGAUACUUACCUCGGCUCUCUUACUGUGAUUAAAGGCCGUGACUGGUUGUGACGACACAAUCCUGGCUUGGUUCUUUACAGAACACAUAUAUAGAGCUUUAACAGUGGUUUCUUUCGUGUUGAUUUGACAAAAUGAAUGAAGACGUUAGGCAUUUCUGUCUGAAUUCUGUUGAGUAAAACUACAUUCAC